AUGGCAGAGAUUUCAGCUCUAUUAGACGCCCUUAGUGUGUUCAGCAGCGCCCCGGACAAGGACUCUUUGGCAAAAGCCAACGCAUGGCUUCAAGAUUUCCAGCAUUCAUCUGAAGCCUGGGCAACAUGUAGUACCAUCCUUGCAACCACAGAACUACCUAUGGCAGCGAAGGUGUUUGCCGCUCAGACCUUCCGGACGAAGGUUACGUUCGACCUCGAACAGGUUGACGCCGCCCAUCUUUUAUCCCUCAGAGACACACUCGUAUCUGCUUUCCAACAGUAUCACUCUGGGCCGAGAAACAUUCUCGUACAGUUAUGUCUUGCUAUAUCAGGCCUUGCUUUACAGCUACCAGCGUGGGAGAACCCAGUCCAAAGCAUGAUCGAAGCCUAUGGUCGAAACCCGGAGACUGUACCAGCGCUGCUACAGUUUCUGACUGUAUUCCCGGAGGAACUUACUAUGAAUACCAGGAUACCUUUAACGGACGAAGAUUAUAGGACGCGUUGCAGCCAACUGUUGACUGGCAAUGCUAAAGAAAUUCUUGAACAUCUUGCAAUGUACAUCAAUGCACCAGGUGUCACGCACACUGUCCAAGCCCAAGUCUUUUCCUGCCUCAAAUCUUGGGUGUACGCUGGUGAAAUUGGCGCGUCCGAAGUGGCCCAGACCCCCCUCUUCACAUAUGCCUUCGAGGCUCUGGCAUCCGACGAGCUCUUCGACCCCGCCGUCGAUGUCCUAUGCGAGUUGAUCCACGAGACGCAAGAGAUCGAUGACAACAUGGAUGUCAUACAAAUCAUUGUUCCUCACGUUAUCGCACUUAGACCUAGGUUGAGGGAGCACGCUGACGAUCCGGAAAAGGUCAAAGGCUACGCGCGCAUCUUCACGGAAGCUGGGGAAACGUAUCGUCUUCUUCUCCUUCAACACACCGAGACGUUCUUUCCGAUUGUAGAAGCCAUUGGGGAAUGCUCAGCGUACCACGACCUCGACGUUGUUCCAAUCACCUUUCCAUUCUGGAUGCGCCUGGCUCAGAGUAUAGGGAAGAAGCCUUCCGUUUCUCCGCUCUUCGUCGAUGCAUACAAGUCUCUUCUGGCCGUGAUCAUACGCCGCCUCCACUUUCCGGCUGACAUCACCUCGCUAUCGGGACAAGAGUACGACAGCUUCCGCUCGUUCAGGCAUGUCAUGGGAGACACUCUCAAAGACUGCUGUUUUGUUAUUGGCUCCGAGGAAUGCUUACUUGCGGCCUAUGAAAUGAUCACGACCUCGCUUGCUCGCGGUCCGUCGGGAUUUUCCUGGCAAGAAAUCGAAGCCCCCCUCUUUUCGCUGAGAUCCAUGGGUGGGGAAGUGGAUCCUACUGAUGCAAAGGUGGUAGGGCAAAUAUUGGAUUUGAUACCAUCCCUGCCACUGCAUCCCAAGGUUCGGUACGCGGCGUUAUUGGUCAUUGCCAGAUACAGUGAAUGGAUCAAUAUGCACCCCAACUAUGUCCCGUAUCAACUUCAGUAUAUCUCAGCGGGCUUCGAGGACGGCGAUGUGGAGGUUAGUGCGGCAGCGGGGCAAGCAUUGAAAUACCUUUGUAUGGACUGCAAGACGCAUCUUCAAGAUUUUCUACCACAAUUGCAUACCUUCGUCGGAACCUCCGGGGCCAAACUUGCUCAAGAUGAAAAGGUCGAAGUUUACGAGGCUAUUGCAUAUGUCAUAUCCGCCAUGCCGAUGGAGAAGGCUGCUGAAUCAUUGAGAACCUUCUCAACGGAUAUCCUGGUACAAAUACACGAUGUCACCAAUCGACCGGUGUCAACCAAGGAAGAAAUAAGGGCAAUUGACAAUGCGCUGGAGAACUUGGAAGCUAUGUUGCAUGUCGUGAAGACAUUCGGAGACGAGCUACCCAAUGCGUGUAAAGGCACUUGCGCCGAGGCCUGGGCGGUUUUCGACGCUUUCCUGGCGAAAUAUGGAACCAGCUUUGUGCUCUCCGAACGGACGACCCGUGUUCUUCGCCAUGGCCUCAGCCUAUUCGGUGCUUCCGCCCUUCCGGUAGCAGCCGCAGUCUUAUCAAGGAUGGCAUCGUGCUUCGCUGCAACUGGCUACCCAGGCUAUCUAUGGGUUAGCGGAAAGGUAAUGGGCCGUUUUGGAAGCGAGGAAGACCCCGUCUUGCGCAACGCCUUCAAGACCGCAUACGAAAUCUCGACGCAGAAAAUGGUAACCUUAUUGCAAGAGAAGUCGCCAGGUGAUAUACCGGAUGUGCUUGAGGACUACGUGCAGAUGCUCCUCCAGAUGGUCGAAUAUACUCCCGACGUGUUUUUCGACUCUUCUGCAUUCCCCCUGGCAUUCCGUGCUACAACGGCGGCACUUACCUUGGUACACUCCGACAUCAUAUUCGCAUCCCUGGAUCUUCUUAGCGCGAUCCUAACGCAUGAAUGUCUCUUACCCCCGGAGAACACCAUUCCUCCACCGCAGUUCCCCGUAUAUGCGGCUGCCAUCCGGGAUGUCAUGCAAAAGGAAGGUUUCGAAUUCACAGGUUACAUACUAGCGGGCCUCGUGGGUCAGUUCCCCGAAGAUACUGUGCACAAGGUUGUCACAAUCAUGCGGGUCUUGGCCUCUCUCUGGUCUAGCCAACUACUUGUGUGGCUGCCUCCUGUGCUACAGCAGCUUCCGACCUCCAAUGCGCCAAACCAAGCUAAGAGUCAGUUCCUGGCUGACAUAACGAGCGCGGUAACAACGCGGCAGGUAGACAAGGUCAAGUACUGCGUGCAUGCCCUCCAUAGGGCAUCCCGUAAGGCGCGGGACAGGCGUCGCACAGGCCCGUUGGAAUGA